CUCUCACUCUCACCCUCAUCCACUUCCCUUUGCUUCUUCUUCUUCUUCUUCCUCACUCUCUUCUCCUUAAACUCACACACAACUCUGCUCCUUCAGCCAUGGAGCUUCUCCGUUCUUCUUUUCUUCCCAACACUCCCUUCUUCACUGACCCCUCUCCCUCCCAACCACCCAUCACUCCCCACACGCCCAAACUCAACUUCCGAGCUUCCAUAGACUCCCCCACACUCUUAAACCCUCAACCCCAUCUCGCUUUCACCGCCAAAAAAGCCGCAGACUUUACUCAAAGUCCAAGAGCUCAACCCAGCUCUGAGGUUAGUCACUGCAUUUCUCUACUUAGAAGUAACCAUGUAGCUGACUGUAGACCAAUUCAUGCUCUUGCUCUGAAGUCGAAUGCUUUUGAGGUCAAUAGAUGGGUUGGGAACAAGCUCGCCAAGCUUUACUCCAAGAAUUAUGAGCUUUUGGACUAUGCCCAAAAGGUGUUUGAUGAAAUGCCUAAGAGAAAUGUACCGACUUACGCGGCGUUGAUUAGCGCUUAUUGUCGCGCCGAGCUGUGGGAGGAGAUGUUUGCGGUGUUUGGGUUGAUGGUGGAGGAGGGAAUGGUGCCUGAUGUUUAUGUUGUGCCUACAUUGUUGAAGGCGUGCGCGCUGACGAAGAUGGUGGGGAUUGGGAAGAUGAUUCAUGGGUUUGUGAUAAGGAAUGGGAUGGAUUCGGAUGUUUUCAUGGGUAAUUCGCUUAUUGAUUUUUAUGCCAACUGUGGGGAUUUGGGGUUUGCUGUGAGUGUGUUUGGUGCAAUGAGGGAGAGAGAUGUGGUUUCGUGGACUGCGCUUGUUUCGGCUUAUAUGAAUGAGGGUCUUUGUGACGAAGCGUUGGAGGUGUUCAGUUCGAUGAAGGGGAUUGGAGUAAAGAGGGAUUUGAUAUCUUGGAAUGCGCUUGUUUCGGGGUUUGCACAGAAUGGGGAGAUGGAGAUGGCUCUUCAGUAUUUGGAGGCGAUGCAAGAGGAAGGAUUAAGGCCGAGAGUUAAUUCUUGGAAUGGAGUCCUUUCGGGUUGUAGUCAGAAUGAGUAUUUUGAGGAUGCUUUAGAUGCAUUUUAUAGAAUGUUGUGUUUCCCGGAGGAGCCAAAUUUUGUUACGAUUGCAAGCAUUUUGCCAGCUUGUGCAGGUUUGAAAGAUUUGAACUUGGGCAGGGCAAUUCAUGGGUUUUCUCUGAAGCGUCAGCUUUGCGGUAACACCUAUGUGGAAGGUUCCUUGAUUGGUAUGUACUCAAAAUGUGGAAUGAAAGAUUAUGCAGAGAAAGUUUAUUCCACGGCUGAGACCAAAAGCAUUGGCAUGUGGAAUGAGAUGAUUGCAGUUUAUGUGAAUUCAGGAGAAACAGAGAAGGGAAUAGAUCUUCUAAGAGUAAUGCAUCACAAUGGUUUAAAACCUGAUGUGGUGUCCUAUAACACAAUAUUGGCUGGCCAUGCAAGAAAUGGUCAAAAGAAUGAGGCAUAUGAGUUGCUUCGUGAGAUGGUCCGAAUGGAUUUGAAACCAAAUAUUAUCUCCUUCAACGUUUUAAUUUCUGGUUUUCAACAAUUUGGACUUAGUUUUGAAGCACUGAUAUUGUUAUGGACCAUGCAAGCCCCAUCUGAUGGCUGCUUUGCUGAUUUUGUGCUCCCUGAGUCAAUUCAACCAAAUUCCAUUACUAUUGCUGGUGCUCUUGCAGCUUGUGCUGAUCUCAAACUACUAUCCCAAGGGAAGGAAAUCCAUGGAUACAUGCUGAGGAGAGGCUUUGAGCCUAACGUCUAUAUCUCAAGUGCAUUGGUUGACAUGUAUUCGAAAUGUCUUGAUAUUGUCUCAGCAGCUAAAGUGUUUAGGAGAAUUGAGGACAGAAACACAGUCUGUUGGAAUGCUAUGAUUGCAGGCCAUGUCGAAAACAUGCAGCUGAACUUAGCUGUUGAGCUCUUCCGCGAAAUGCUGGAAGAAGGUCUUCAACCAAGCUCUAUUACGCUCAUGAUACUUCUCCUCACUUGUGGUGAUAUGGCAACUCUGAGAUUUGGAAGAGAAUUACAUGGCUAUAUCAUAAAGAGUCAGCUUGAUCAUUCUGAUAGUACGCUCGCAAGUGCCUUGGUAGGCAUGUAUUCCAAGUGUGGUAGUAUCAAGGAAGCUAAAUCAGUGUUUGAUUUUGAAGUUAGAAAAGAUGCUUUGCUGUGGAAUGCAAUGCUAUCUGCUUAUUCAACUAAUGGAAUGCUCAACAAUGCCAUUGCUUUGGUUGGACAAAUGGAGUUAGUGGGUGUUGUGCCUGAGAUUUGAUGUUCACUGUGCUUUCUUCCAAUGGUCUAUGAGAGAAGCCAAGCUAAAAGGCACAAUUGAACUAGUCUUUAGUGACUGGAUGCAUACCCAGUUGAGCUUUGAUGCUUUUGGAUCAAAGGAGAAUUCUUGUGCAGCAUUGGCCACUGCUCCGAAGUAAUAGCAAAAUGCAAUUCUUGAAAGUUAGUUCCUACCUCAGAGCUAACCUGCUAUAGAGCCUCAUGUGCUUUUGGCCAUUGAGACUCAUUCUCCGGGUCUUUGGAGUUUGCCGAUGUUCAUAAGAAG